UUACAUCCGGUAUUCCCAGAUCUGUGCUCAGGUUGUUAGAGCGGCAAUGAAGCCUCAGUACAAAGCAGAGGCAGAGAGGGUGGCAAUGGCCAAUGUGAAAACUGUGAAACCCAAGAAGGAAUAA